GAAUUGUUUCGAUUAGACCAUCUUCAAUUGGGCUUGGAGUGGAGUGUCUAAAUAUCUAGCGAUUUCGCAGAUCACUCCAUAGCCAAGUCUCAUUAUUUCUCUAUUGUUUGUUAGUGUAUAAGUAUAACCCUUUCAUUUACGCAAAUCAAUCUUCUUUUCAAUCCUCCAUUGAUAUACGAUAAGCAAUAACCUUUUUUCUGCAGAAAAAGUUUUUUCCAAUAACAUCCAGGAGGAAGCAGCUUCCAUGGAUCUAUCACUCAGCACUAAGAAUGUCUUCUCCUCAGCUCUCCGUUUCGCCAUGUCCAUUGACACGCUGAAGAACUCUCCUGAGCUUGCUCAUGAACUCAAAACCUCAGCUCAAGAGCAAGUCGAGUUCAUGCUGUCCGAAGACGACGAGGUACGGUUACUGGUUUCUCGAGAGGAAGUUAAAUCUGUCGUGCGAUUAGGCAUCUCCAGUGUCCUAUCGACGUUGUUAGACAGAUUAUCAUCUUUGCUUCUUCUCCCUGAAGAGUUCGAUGUUCUUAAUGAUAUUGAGUGGCUGUGCAAAGUGUUGCCGAGGAUGGAGUUGAUGAAAGAUCUCGUCUUUAAAUGGGCCGACGUGUCGAGUGAGAUUCUUGUGAUUGCGCAGAACUGUAAGUUAGGUGUGAAAGUGAAGCUUGUAGAGGUUACAGGGAAGGUUUUAGAAGCGGUUGGUUAUGGUGUCGUGAUUGUUCCUUGUGGAAGCAGAGCCUGUCUUCUGAAGCUGUGGUUGCCUUUCAUAAGGAGGUUAAAGACUCUGGUGGAUGCAGAAGGAUCUGGGUCUGAGUACAGAAUGGACGAAGAUCUCUGUGAAUUCUUAGAAGGAUCGAUGGUGUCUUUGGUCUUGACGUUGCCUUCGAAUGACCAAGCGGAAGUGUUUGGGGAAUGGAUGAGAGGGAUUGCGUUGGAAGGAGUGAAGUUUCCGGAUUUGAGUGAAGCCUUUGAGGUUUGGUGUUAUAGAAGUAAGUCUGCAAAGAGACGGUUGUUGGAAAAAUGUGAUAGACUUGCAUCUGAAAACCUUGCCCUUUGAUUGAUUGAUUGUUAAUACAUCGAUCAACAACUCUGAAAGUGUAGAAGAUGUAGCUAACCAAGCCAAGCUUUUUCUUCUUUAAGCUGGUCUGAUGAAUAUACACUGAGAGGAGGAGAAAUCGACUAGCUAGGGAUUCAGAUUAACCUUGAUCACAUAUGUUAUGUUGUAUCUUCUUUACUCUCCUUGAUUUGGUAGCUGUUUUAUUGUAUUAGGAGUGACAGAAUUCUUGUACUGGCUCUAAACUUUGAUGCUGAUUACUAUAAAUCAUGUGGUCUGGGGUCGGUGAGGUAAUAUGUAAAGGUGAACAAGGCGCAACCAACCCAAACUAUGAGUUGUUGACAAAGCCAUUGGAUGUGAAUAAGAUCAGUGAAUGUCU